GAUGGCUUCGGGGGCACUGUUGAGUUGAAUCUGGAAUAUCUUCUUACGGUUCCGGGAAAAUGUUAAAAGAGUUUAUGGGGGAAAAAAAUCCUUCACCCUUGUGACUUCGUCUGAUUUUAAAAAUCCAAGAGUUUUAUGACCGAGAAAGCUCAGUUAACUUGAUUUUCUGCAACCAAUAUCAUAUUCAGGGCUUUCCUUAUCCCAGUUGAUUGCGCAGAAUACACUGCCCGUCGCUUGUCUUCUAUUCACCAUGGCUUCUUCUGAUAUCCAGGUGAAAGAACUGGAGAAGCGUGCCUCAGGCCAGGCUUUUGAGCUGAUUCUCAGCCCUCGGUCAAAAGAAUCUGUUCCAGAAUUCCCCCUUUCCCCUCCAAAGAAGAAGGAUCUUUCCCUGGAGGAAAUUCAGAAGAAAUUAGAAGCUGCAGAAGAAAGACGCAAGUCCCAUGAAGCUGAGGUCUUGAAGCAGCUGGCUGAGAAACGAGAGCACGAGAAAGAAGUGCUUCAGAAGGCAAUAGAAGAGAACAACAACUUCAGUAAAAUGGCAGAAGAGAAACUGACCCACAAAAUGGAAGCUAAUAAAGAGAACCGAGAGGCACAAAUGGCUGCCAAACUGGAGCGUUUGCGAGAGAAGGAUAAGCACAUUGAAGAAGUACGGAAGAACAAAGAAUCCAAAGACCCUGCUGACGAGACUGAAGCUGACUAAUUUGCUCUGAGAACUGACUUUCUCCCCAUCCCCUUCCUAAAUAUCCAAAGACUGUACUGGCCAGUGUCAUUUUAUUUUUUCCCUCCUGACAUAUUUUAGAAGCUAAUGUAGAACUGUAUAGGUAGAUCAGACUGUAAGAUGUUGUUUUAGGGGCUAAAGGGGAGAAACUGAAAGUGUUUUACUCUUUUUCUAAAGUGUUGGUCUUUCUAAUGUAGCUAUUUUUCUUGUUGCAUCUUUUCUACUUCAGUACACUUGGUGUACUGGGUUAAUGGCUAGUACUGUAUUGGCUCUGUGAAAACAUAUUUGUGAAAAGAGUAUGUAGUGGCUUCUUUUGAACUGUUAGAUGCUGAAUAUCUGUUCACUUUUCAAUCCCAAUUCUGUCCCAAUCUUACCAGAUGCUACUGGACUUGAAUGGUUAAUAAAACUGCACAGUGCUGUUGGUGGCAGUGACUUCUUUCGAGUUAGGUUAAUAAAUCAAGCCAUAGAGACCCUCCUGGUUGAUACUUGUUCCAGAUGGAGCCUUUGGGGCUGGUAGAAAUACCCAACGCACAAAUGACCGCACGUUCUCUGCCCUCAGUUUCUUGCCCCAGUGUGGUUUGCAUUGUCUCCUUCCACAAUGACCACUUUGUUUGGAUGCCUCAGCCCAGGUCAGCUGUUACUAUAUUCUUUCAGAUGUUUAUUUGCAAACAAGCAUUUUUUGUUCUGUGUCCCUUUUAAAAGGCAGAUUAAAAGCACAAGCGUGUUUCUAGAGAACAGUUGAGAGAGAAUCUCAAGAUCCUACUUGGCGGUUUGCUUGCUCUACGUUACAGGUGGGGCAUGUCCUCAUCCUUUCCUGCCGUAAAAGCUAUGACGCGAGAAUCAGAUUAAUAAAACUUCAUGUGCUGCU